UCCACUGGCAAAACAAGUUACACCCGCCACAGAGGCCUAAUGUUUUUGGACAAAAGCUGCUCAGAAGUCACACCUCCUUUUUUGAGCAGCCCACAAGCGUAAUUUUUCCACAGAGAAUUUUCUUUACAUCUGUAUAUAUACCAGAAAUCUUGUUCAACCAGCCAAAAUAUCAGACCAGGCAUAUUUUACUGUUGUUUAUCACUAUUCUUUAUCUGAACAGGUUUAUGGAGUCUGUCUUUACUCUAUUGCAUGUGGUAAUGGCCAUUAUUAAUUUUUCCAGAGCAAAUGGGACUGCUUGUAGCCUACAAGGAGAGCCUGCAAAUCCACAGAUAUGGAAGGAUGGUGAUAUCAUUGUUGGAGGGACAUUCCCAUUUCAUAAUAGUUGGGAGACCACUGACUUAUCCUAUGUGGUCAAGCCACCUCCAGUGAAGUGCACAAGCCUUGAUAUGAGAACACUCCAGUUUUCCCAGUCAUUGAUCUUUGCAGUAGAGGAAAUAAACAACAGUUCUUCUUUACUGCCAGGUGUCUCUCUGGGAUACAAGAUCUAUGAUACAUGUAGUUUUGCUCCACAGGGGAUUAAAAUGGCCAUGGCACUUGUUAAUGGAAAUGAGAAAUCAAUUUCAAAUGAACCCUGUACAAAGCCAGCCCAGGUCCAAGCUAUAAUAGGUGAAACAUACUCAUCAGUGUCUACGGCUAUUGCAAACAGUAUUGGGCCAUUCAGUGUUCCAAUUAUCAGUCAUUAUUCUACCUGUGAGUGUCUCAGUGACAAAAGGAAAUAUCCCUCAUUUCUGCGCACUGUUCCUGGUAAUUAUUACCAGAGCAGAGCACUAGCAGAGAUGGUCAAGCACUUUGGCUGGACCUGGGUGGGAGCAAUAAGAAGAGAUGAUGAUUAUGGUAACAGUGGAAUGGCAGCAUUUACUAAAAAUGCAGAACAGUUAGGCAUCUGCUUAGAAUACUCACUUCCAUAUUUUAAAACAUACUCAAAAGAAAGAGUAUUGAGAAUCAUUGACCAGAUCAAAAUCUCAACUUCUCGUGUGAUUGUUGGAUUUCUUGAUGCCUGGGAUUUGGAGGAUCUAUUGCAAAUAUUUUUUGAACACAAUAUCACUGGAUAUCAGUGGGUGGGAACAGAGGGCUGGAUGAUUGACCCAGAGCUAGCCAGUUUGGACAAAAAAUACAAUAUACUGCAAGGAGCUAUAGGGCUAGCUAUCCCCAAAGCAAACGUGACAGGUCUUCAGGAUUUCAUUCUAGAUGUAAAACCACUGAAAUCUGUAGGCAGUGCCAUUUUUCCUGAAUUCUGGAUGGCUUUGUUUGACUGUGAAUAUACAAUGCAGAAUGAUUCAAAGGGCUUGCCCAUGUGCACAGGAGAAGAGAAGCUGUCUGAAGUAGAAAACACAUUCACUGAUAUGUCACUGAUGCCCAUUUUUAGUAAUGUGUAUAAAGGAGUUUAUGCUAUUGCCCAUACACUACACAACCUCCUUGGCUGCAAUAAAACAUGUCUUACAAAGCAGCAGCCUGGUCCUGUCACAUUUUUAAAACACCUCAGAAAUGUAUAUUUCAAAACGAAAGAAGGCGAAGAAGUUUAUUUUGAUAAAAAUGGUGACCCUCCUGCAAAAUAUGAGAUAAUAAACUGGCAAAAAAAUAAAGAAAAUCAACAUGAAUUUAUCACUGUUGGACUGUAUGACUUUACUUUACCUAGUUAUGAUCAAUUAGCAAUUAACUUGGCCUCUAUAGUGUGGGCACAAAAUAGCAAGCAGGUACCUAUAUCUGUAUGCAGUAAGAACUGUCCUCCUGGUACAAGGAAGGCUGUGCAGAAAGGAAAGCCUAUCUGUUGCUUUGAUUGCAUACCAUGUGCUGAUGGAGAGAUCAGUAAUAUGACAGAUUCUACUGAAUGUGAACAAUGCUCCCAAGAAUACCGGUCAAAUUCACAGAAAGAUAAAUGUGUAAAGAAGGAAGUUGAAUAUUUGUCCUUUGAAGAAACUAUGGGAAUUUUUCUAACAGCUGUUUCUAUUAUUGGUGCUUUUAUAACACUGGUAAUAUCAGUAAUAUUCUUUAGACAUAAACAUACCCCAAUAGUCAAAGCCAACAACUCUGAGCUGAGCUUCCUGCUGCUCUUAUCUCUGACUCUGUGUUUCCUCUGUUCACUUACUUUUAUUGGUCAGCCAUCUGAGUGGUCUUGUAUGCUGCGGCACACAGUGUUUGGGAUCACCUUCGUCUUCUGCAUCUCCUGUGUACUGGGAAAAACCAUAGUGGUGUUAAUGGCCUUCAGGGCUACACUUCCAGGCAGUAAUGUCAUGAAAUGGUUUGGGCCUCUACAGCAGAGACUCAGUGUACUUGUCUUCACUCUCAUACAGGUUGUCAUUUGUGUUCUUUGGUUAACCAUAUCCCCUCCUUUUCCUUUCAAAAAUCUAAAGAGCUAUAAAGAAAAAAUUAUUCUAGAAUGCAAUCUGGGUUCUACCAUAGGUUUCUGGGCUGUGCUGGGGUAUAUUGGAUUUUUGGCUUUUCUAUGCUUUGUUUUAGCUUUUCUGGCUCGGAAGUUGCCUGACAGUUUUAACGAUGCCAAAUUCAUCACAUUCAGCAUGCUUAUAUUCUGUGCAGUUUGGAUCACUUUUAUUCCAGCUUAUGUCAGCUCUCCUGGAAAAUUUACUGUAGCUGUGGAGAUAUUUGCUAUUUUGGCCUCAAGCUUUGGGUUACUGUUUUGUAUAUUUCUUCCAAAGUGUUAUAUCAUCAUAAUGAAACCAGAAAAGAAUACCAAAAAGCAAAUGAUGAGUAAAGCACCAGUGAAGUGAGCUAAAAGCCUAGCUAUUAUAUAAUCAUAUUUAAAUCAUAUGAUCAGUGAAAUAUGAAAUUGUAGGUCAAAUUGCAAUAUUGACCAUAUGCAUUGAUUUUCAUUUGGUAGCUAACACUUACACAACAUAGUAUAAAAUUCUAUUGAUCUGAGAGGAAAAACUUUUGAUGUGAUCUACAAUAUGUUAUCACAGAUCAAUACAAAUAUCAGGUUCUGUUUAUAAGCAUGGGAAAGGAGCUAUUCUUAAAGUUAAUCGACACCACUUGCUAAAACUCCCUAUUUAAAUUAACAAGUUUCCCUUAAGGAAACAAGUAAUUAAGCUCAUUCAAACUGAUUAUUCAUUCAAAGUUAAUGGGUAUUACGUUAGCCAUCCUAAAAAAUUUAAAAUUAUGCUCAUCAUAUGACCUACAAGAACAAGAACUGUCAUUAAAUAUAUUCUCAUGACUGUCUUGCAGCCUCACACUAAAUCAGCAUCACCUUUAAUUUCACUACUAUGCAUAGCUAGGUUUAAAAUAAAAAUCAAAAAUAUUGUGUA